AUGCGUUCGACUAGUCGAGUUGCCCAGGGUCCCUCGACUCGGGACGUCAUGAUCAAUCCCGUCGACUCCUACAAUAUACGCGUGGUGACACCUACCUCCUGCGAUAAGUACCCAGCCAAGCAGCAUGCGCGCAACGUCGCUCGGAGGCUUGGAGCCUCAACUGGCUUAAUUUUCCUUGCGGGACAACCAACAAUUAAUCUACGCGACUCGGACCAAGCGCGCCCGUUCCGACAACGACGUUACUUUUACUACCUGAGUGGAGUCGACGAGCCCGACUGCUCUCUGACGUACGAUAUCGAACGAGAUCUAUUAGCACUCUACGUUCCGGACUUCGACCUCCACCGCGCUAUUUGGAUGGGACCAACCCUCUCACGGGAAGAUGCACAAGACCGAUAUGAUGUGGACCACGUACGCUAUCACACGUCACUCAAAUAUGACCUGAAGGCGUGGCUAGACGAUCGAAAACAGGGCAGCCAGCUGUACUUGAUUCAUGAGUCAGAGAAGCCCGAACAAUUACCAAAGGAUCUGCCUUUGAAUUUGGAACAGCUCGUGCCUGCUAUGGACGCAGCCCGAGGUAUAAAAGAUGAAUAUGAAAUCCGGAUGAUCCGUCAGGCCAACAAAGUCUCGGCCCUCGCCCAUCGGGGGAUUCUAGAGAAUAUUCAAACAAUGUCCAACGAGUCACAGAUUGAGGGAUCGUUCUUGAAUACUUGCAUCUCACACGGUGCCCGAAACCAGGCAUAUCAGAUUAUCGCAGCCUCGGGGCCCAAUGCGGCCGUAUUGCACUACGACCGGAAUAACGAAUCACUGCAUAAUAAACCUCUCGUCUGUCUCGAUGCCGGCGCAGAGUGGAACUGCUAUGGAAGUGACGUGACGCGAACUUUCCCGCUUACUGGCGAUUGGCCCAGCGAUUACACGCGGGAUAUCUAUAAGCUAGUGGAGCGCAUGCAAGAGGAAUGCAUCCGGUUGAUCCGGAAAGGGGCGCGCUAUGUAUCUCUCCACGAUCUAGCCCACGAAAUCGCGAUCGAGGGUCUUCUGGCUCUAGGUGUGUUCAAGAACGGCACGAUUCAAGAGAUCCGUCAAUCUGGCGCAUCCAAGGUUUUCUUCCCACACGGCCUAGGUCAUCAUGUCGGCCUUGAAGUCCAUGAUGUCUCGGAGCGCUCCAUCAUGGCCCUUCACCAGGGUAUUGAUCAGUUCCAGUACGGUCCGAUCUUGAACUCUACCUGUCGUUCGCCGUGCACGCUCUCCGCUCCGCUGCUGGAAGAAGGCAUGGUUGUUACUGUCGAGCCAGGGCUCUAUUUCUCGCCCCUGGCUAUGGCCAACGCGCGCAAGCAACCGUAUGCUCGAUACAUUGAUUUUGACGUUGCAGAGAAGUACGUCCAUAUCGGUGGAGUGCGUAUUGAGGAUGACAUUCUCGUGACUGCUACUGGUUAUGAGAAUCUCACCACUGCGCCCAAGGGCGAGGAAAUGCUUGCCAUCAUUAGGGCAUCUAUAUAA